AUGGAAUCUGGAAACCAAACUCGUAUAUCAGAAUUUAUCCUACUAGGACUUUCAGAAGAAGCAGAGUUGCAGUCUCUCCUAUUUUGGUUGUUUCUGUCUAUGUACCUGAUUACCUUCAUUGGAAAUCUUCUCAUCAUCCUGGCCAUAAUCACUGACUCCCACCUCCACACCCCUAUGUACUUCUUUCUCUCCAACCUGUCUUUUACUGACAUCUGUUUCAUCUCUACCACUGUCCCAAAGAUGCUGUUGAACAUGCAGAUGCAGAGCAAAGUCAUUACCUAUGAAGGCUGCCUCAGCCAGAUGAUGUUUUCCGUGCUUUUUGGAGGCGUUGACAACUUUAUCUUGACAGUGAUGGCCUAUGAUCGGUUUGUAGCCAUCUGCCACCCCCUGCACUACAUGGUCAUCAUGAACCCCAAGUUCUGUGGUGCCCUGCUCCUUGCCUCCUGGUUACUGAAUGUUCUGGAUUCUCUAUUACACGGUUUAAUGGCUUUGCAGCUGUCUUUUUGUACACAACUUGAAAUCCCUCACUUUUUCUGUGAACUUAAUCAGGUGAUCCAACUUGCUUGUUCUGACACCUUCGUUAAUGAGCUACUUGUGUAUUUUGCAACAGGACUUCUGGGUAUCAUCCCUCUCACUGGUAUUCUUUUUUCUUACUCUAAGAUUGUAACCUCUGUUUUGAGAAUCUCAUCAGCUAGUGGCAAGUAUAAAGCCUUUUCCACUUGUGGGUCUCACCUCUCAGUUGUCUCCUUGUUCUAUGGCACGGGACUUGGAGUGUAUCUCAGUUCUGCUGUUACUGAAAACUCCAGGAACACUGCAAUAGCAUCAGUGAUGUACACCGUGGUCACACCCAUGAUGAACCCCUUCAUCUACAGUCUGAGGAACAAGGACAUAAAGCAGGCCCUUGUUAAACUCUUCAGAUGGGAAACAGCCCUGACAUGA